CGGCCGCCGAGAGAAAGGCGAACGGGAGAAGGCGGAGAGAAGCUGAGGAGGGACGCCACGGCACCGCAGGCACACCGGCGAAGCUACGGCGGCUCUUUGCACAGGACGAUAACGUCAAGAGCACAAGACACUCCCGGGGAGGGGGACCCGCUGUACGAAGAAGAGGAGGUGGAAGGAAGGGGAGACAGUUACUCUGAAACUACCGUGAGGAUUUACAGAGAGCUACCGUCACGGCAGCUUUCACCCAGAAGUUGACUUACAGAAGACGCUAUGCUGAUGUCCUGAGGUGAGGGAGCCCUGACUUCAUCCCCACUCGUCUUUGUUUGUUAUUCCACACCUGGCCCACUCUCCAUCAGUCACCAAGCACCAACCCCGACCACCACCACCUCCACCUUUUCCCCACCCCCUCCUGCCCAGCCUGCCGUCACCAUGACGUCGGAGCUGGAGAGCAGCCUGACCUCCAUGGAUUGGCUCCCUCAGCUGACCAUGCAGGCAGCCAUCCGCAAGGCUGAUGCCCAGAAUGCACAUGGGCCAGGCAUGGGCAAGAAGAGUACUCUACUGGAUCCUAACACCACGCUGGACCAGGAAGAGGUGCAGCAGCACAAGGACGGCAAGCCGCCCUACAGCUAUGCCAGCCUUAUCACGUUCGCUAUCAACAGCUCACCAAAGAAGAAGAUGACGCUGAGCGAAAUCUACCAGUGGAUCUGUGACAAUUUUCCCUACUACAGGGAGGCGGGCAGUGGCUGGAAGAACUCAAUACGGCACAAUCUGUCAUUGAACAAGUGUUUUCUCAAAGUGCCUCGCUCCAAAGAUGACCCGGGAAAGGGCUCUUACUGGGCCAUCGACACCAACCCAAAGGAGGACGCGUUGCCUACACGGCCAAAGAAGAGGCCGCGGUCUGGAGAACGGGCUUCCACGCCGUACAGCCUGGAGUCAGAAUCUUUGGGGAUGGAGUGUAUGAUCUCUGGAAGUGCCUCUCCAACGCUGGCAAUCAACACUGUGACUAACAAGGUGGCGUUAUACAACACAGACCAGGAAGGGAGCGAUAGUCCAAGAAGCAGCCUUAACAACAGCCUGUCUGAUCAGAGUCUGGCCUCUGUCAAUCUCAACAGCGUGGGCAGUGUGCACAGCUAUACACCGGUGACCAGUCACCCAGAGCCUGUGUCCCAGUCUAUGAGCCUCCAGCAGCCCCCCCAGUCCCAGUACAACAUGCCAGACAGGGACAAGCAGCUCCUCUUUUCAGAAUUUGAAGAUCUCAGUGCCUCCUUCCGCAGCCUUUACAAGUCUGUUUUUGAGCAGUCCUUCAGCCAACAAGGUCUGAUGGGCAUACCGUCAGAUUCCUCCCAGCAGACCCACACCUCCUGCUCCUAUCAGCACUCCCCCAGUGGCACCAUUAGCACUCAGAACAGUCUGUCAAACAACCAACCCAACAACCACCCCAACAGCCACUCCGCCAACAGUGGCCAAGUGCCGCUGUCCCAUCCUGCCCAAGCCCACCCUGGCCACGGCUCCCCCCACGCACAGCACCUCCCGCAGCACGGUGGACCCCACAACCAACACAACCAACACAGCCAACACGCCCAGCACAGCCAGCACAGUCAGCACCCACAGCACCAACAGCACUCUCAGCACUCCCAGCACGGUGCGCACUCCCAGCACGGGCAGCACCCAUCGCAGCACCCAUCCCACGGCCAGCACCCACAGCAACACACGCCACACCCCUCCCAGCACACGCAGCACAGCCAGCACCCUCCUCAACACGGACAGCAGCACCAGAGCCUCUCCCACCAGCCCCAUCCCACCCAGCAACAGAUGGCCUGCAACACAGGUUUACUGUCUGACUGGUACCCAAAUCUGGAUGCACUGAAAGAAAGCUGUCGUAUUGCUAGCAGCUAUAACUGGGCUGAUGUCGACCUUUCACCUUUCCAAGGAUUGAGAGAGAGUAUGAGACAAGCAGAGUUGAACAAUUGGUCUCUGGAACCCACCCAGAUCGCAGACCUCUGCUCAUCCAUCAACCAAUUUUUUGCCCGCACCGGUGUAAUCCAGCCACAAGGGGCAGUGCAGUCUCCUGUUUGCCAUGGCUCCAUGCACACCAACAAACCCAGCCAGCACCUCAACACAGGAAAUCUCUACAUGGACUCUAGACAGAGCAUGUCCAUGAUGGGUCCUCCAGGAUAUCCCCACAUGCCCACCAUGAGCACUGCAGGACCCACUAUGACAGCACAUCAUGCACAGAUGAACCAGCAGCACAUGAUACCUACCAGAAACUUCCAGAUGCAUCGCAUGCCAGCUGACGACAUCCAGGAUGAUUUUGAUUGGGACUCCAUCGUCUAGCCCCUAGACCUCCGUUUUUGCAAACAAAUGGGAGCGAGGAGAGGAGGUGGAAGCUGGAGGAAGCCAGGCUGAGCUGAAAGGCCGCAGGUGGAGGAGGCCACUGUGGGUGGGAUGCAGAAGAACAUUUGACGAGCUUUGGAGAAAUACAGACUUCAGAGUCCUGACAAUUUUACAAAAGCAAAACAUAACUAGAAGAUGUUACUUUGAAGACAAUCAUAUUUAGUCGGACAUGUCAAAGUGAUUGCUUACAAACUUGUCUGAAGACAAGUAGAACACAUUCACGUCUAAACCACAUGCUCCUCAGCUCUUCAGCCAGCCCUCUCCCCGUCCCUAGUGAGCAGCCUUCCAAAGUCUGAACCCCUCUCCCCCCCAAACCCCUGCUCCGUAACUGUUAUGUGAUUUGAGCGACGUGUUCAGCUUGUAAUUCUCGUGUUGACAUUGGCAUCAGCUGCCUCUUGGAUGAGUUUAUCUCUCUUUUUUAAAAUUUGUUUAGGUUUUUUUUGUUUGUUUGGUUUUUUUGUUUUUUGUUUUUUUUUUUUUAAAGAAACACAGGCCGUCUCUGUGAGUAAUGUGAUGGUGCUCGUUGAUCACUUUUUGGGAGAAAGUGGGCCCCACUGUGGCUGAAUUGGCGGUAAAGUUAGGUUUACAAAAACCGAGGUUUUGAACAGGGUGUUAAAUGUUUAAGCAGGCUUGAUAUUCAACAAACCAGAAGCAAGAAAGAGAGAGCGAGAGAUCAUCGUGGUCCGUUUUUAAAGCCAAACAAUGUGAUCAGACUCGCCGCGAUAGAGCAGGUAUCAGAGUAAAGCAACGUUCUUUCUUAGUUCUCUUUCUCAAGCACUUAAAGAUGAAUGAAUCUGAUGAGAGUGAGCAGAAGAUAAUCACAGGGAAGUCAGACAUUUGAGUCUUUAAAAAUUCUGUCAACCCAAAGUAACCUGAGGUUUAGGUUCUCCAUGUGUGUCAUGUGGCUGAUAUUUGUUCCACCAAUCAUAAGUUCGUGAGUUUUAGAAAACCUGCCUAUUGAUCAUUAAACAAGACUUGAUCAUUCAAUAACAGUGAAGUAAUUUGCAAUAGUGUCUGACUAAAAUAUAGGUAAGAGGGUAUUUUGGGUCAAUCUUGACUGAUUAUCAGUUGUUGUUCGUAUCAAUAUUGAAAUAUAUGCUGGCCAAUAAAUAACAAGCAAAUGUUAAAGAUAUCUUUGAGGUCAUUUAGACAUUUUAUAUCAAAAACACACUUUUUUUGAAAAUUGUAAACUCUGAAUUUUCUGAUUGAGUGUCUUAAUUCUUUAAAAAUACAAACGAAACAAUGAAAUUUUGAUUGUUUAUGUAAGCAGUACAUAAGAUGAACUUUCAACUCAAGUGUCAAAUUGGCCUCAAAACUCCAAUAUUAGUUCGGACUCUAGUGUGCAGAAGAUAGUUUUCAAUGCAGUUGUUCAAGUCAGUAGGGUUCAGAUUUAUUGAAUGAAUAGUCUGACAUUUUAAGAAGUGUGUUUCUUCACCUUUAGUUUGUUGAGCACAUUGUAAAUAAGAAGCAGACACCAAGGACUGUUAGCUUUGGUUAUCAUGAAGACAUGGGGGGAAACGGGUAGCUCAGCUCUGUCCAAAAGAAACGUGUGUGAUUUUGACUUUGAUUAAUGAUCAAUAGAAUACACAAUACUUAUUGAAAUUUUUCUUUACAGUGGUCAAAAAACGGCCUGAUUUUUACUGCAAGUUUCUUUUAAAGAAUGAGUUGCAACCAAAUUUUUCCGCUUAUGUACAUCAAAGCUUUUGAUGCUGCAUGCAGUGUUUAUUGUCACUUCUGACAUUUAAAUUAUGGAGAUAUGAUUCUUUUUUUUUUUUAACUGCCCAAUGUUUUGUUGUGAUAGAUAGCGUAAGAUUUUGCUAUUAUACAAUCAUAACAGAAUGAGAAAUGUGACUCAUUAUACAGUACAUACAGUGUGUAUGUGUGUUGGUUGAACAUAUGGUGUGUGCGUGCGUGUGUGUGCGCGUGUUUCGGUUUUAUUGUAAUUUUAGGGCUAUGAUUGAUUGCUGCAAUCAUCUCUAUGCUAUCUAUGAGCACAAAAGCAGAUGCACACAGUGAUUAAAGACUAGAUUCGAGACGUGUUUUCGUGGAAAGGGUUUCUCAAGCACAGAACAGGGAGAUCAGUGGUUCUGGAAACCUGUCCUCUGUGUCCUGUAACAAGUGGCUCGUCAAUCAGACAGGUGCUGAACUUUAGAGACGCUAUGUUAAAAAAAAAAAAAAAAAAAAGCCCUUUGCACACCUAUACUUUUUGUUUACUUAACCAUUUUAAGAUGCAAAGCACCUCCCUGGUCUAGAAAGCUAAUCGCACCUGUUAGUUCCAUUUUUCAUCCUCUUAUUCAUCAUUUCACUCACAUGUAGACUAUCUGAUGUCUGGAUGCAUUGUCCACAGUUGACAAUGAGCAGGAUGACUUCUCUCUGUCAUAUCGCUGAACUGUGUAUGGUGCUCUGCAUCUAUGACGCUGUUUGUGUCUUUGUUUAAAGGAAUAGUUCAAUAUUUGGGGAAAUGUCUGCUUAUUGGCUCUAAGAUAGGAACUGAUAUCACUCUCAUGUCUGCAUGGUAAAUAUGAGGCUUAUUCUAAAGACUGCAAACAUCUAAACUGUCUCCGUCCAAAUCUGCCUACCAGACGUUGUGAAGCUCAUUAACCCUCGUGUCGUCCUGCGGGUCAAAAUUGACUGGUUUUAAAGUUUGAAAAUGUGGGGGAAAACAUAUUUUCACAGUGAAACUUCUGAUGUCCACGUUUUCAACAUUUUUGGGAAAUGUUUGAACAUUUUUUGGUGGAAAAAUGAAAUGUUAAAAAUGUUUCUGAAGAACAUUCACAAAAAAAUCCAGCGAAAUUUUUUUUUCAAAAAAGUUGAUUUUUAUGUGAUUGUUCUUAAAGAAAAUAUUAGAAGUUUUACUGAUAUAUAUAUGUAAUCACUUUAGAUAUUUUUGGGAUUUUUUUUUAGAAGAUUUUUACUCAUUUUUUUGAAAAUAUUUACAGGAAUUUUCUUGCCAAAUUUGUUUGUUUUUUUAAAAUAAAACUUUUAAGGAAAACUUUUAAGGAAUUUUUGGAAUUUUCUUCCUGAAAAUUUUGCAAAUUUUCAGAAAUUUGGGGAAUUUUUUUGCUGAAUUUUUGGAUUUUUUUCAGACAAGGAAACAAUAUUUUUUGGUGCCUGUAAAUGAGGACAACAGGAGGGUUAAUUAACACAUUAUAUUCUCAAUUUAUGUGCAGUUUAUAGUCUCAUUUUAUGGAGAAAUGCUGCAUGUUCUUGCACCAAAACAAACAUGGACAGCAACUGCCAGCUUGUACUGUUUACAUGGACUACAAUUAGCUCUAAAAGGACCUUAAAAAUGAUUAGAAAAACUUUUUUCUUUACUAGUCCUGCUGUGGAAGGGUGGAUUUAUUCACUUGUCACUUUUCUAUUAGUGUCACUUUCCUUUCAGUUCUCCAGUGAACUCUCACACCACCAACCUUUCUGCUCACAAUUCAUCUCCCUUGGGUUUCCCACAAGUAAUGUCAUUCGUUGCUGAAAUUUUACCAUAUUUUGAUCUAAAAUCAAUAAUGUAGACAGUAAAGUAAGAAAUGAGAGAAAAGGUGGUUUCUGAGAUAAAGCUGAAAGUGACACACCAGAGAAAAGAGUCGACUGAAGCGGCCCUUUUUACAAUAUACAUUCUGUUGGAUGUGAAGAGCUAACCUCAAACUAAAAAGACCCAAACCUUACAGAAUCCCAUUUGUUCAAUAAAUAAACAUGUUUUAGUCAUAGGUGAGCUAAAUAGGCAAGACUAAACCUAACAGAAUAUUUGUGCCAUCAGUUUCCAGUCUUUGCACUAAGCUAACAGUCUCCCAGCUGUGGCUUCAUAUUUAUGAUACAGACAUGAGAGAGGCAUUAAUCCGUUCAUCUAAAUCUCAGCAAGGAAGCUAAAGAUUUUUUUUUAAAUUACCCCAAAAUUUCAAACGAUUUCUUUAAGAAAAUUUAGCUGCUAGGGAGUCCAGCAGUGGGCGCAGUUUUGAUUUCAUAUUUUGGAUGACAAUCAUGGAUUCUGCAUGAUUUUAUGAUACUUAAUGAUGUUUUGUGUUGAUGAGAAAAGGCACUUUUGAGUCUCACAUGGUUGUUUUAUUGGACAUUAUUGAACCAUAUUUCUGAACGCAUAGGAGGUUAGUUGGAACUCUAACCAGCCCGGUUUUAUACUGUAGAUCUUCUGUUUAACUGUCCAGAGCUGCACUGUGCAGAAGAAGUCGACUUCUCUUCUUUGAAGUAAUGAUACUGCCGUUCAUUUUUAUAUUUCCAGCUAAUGGUUGUUCUUUUUUUAAAUCUCUGCCAAUCACACCUGUCCACUUCUGCUUCUUUCUUGCCAUGCGUCGUCCGUCUGUGUGUAUCGAAUGUCCGCCGUGUACGGAAGAUUGCCUCACCUGUGGAUGUCAGCAAUGACUUUUUAGGUUUUGCUCAACUGCCAGGAUUUCAUAUUUAGCGCUCAGACAGGAUACUUAGUGAGCUGAGUUAACCAAAUUGUGACUUUUGGGUGAGUGCGGGCCAAAGGACUGCAACUGAAGACGGCAGCGAAAAAGGAGAAUCGGUGUGUAUUAAUGAGGACUCUGAGGAGCUGAAACGGAGAACAACCUGCAAAGUCCUCGCUGGGUGUGAAGGUGAAGUGUUCCUGCUCUUCCAGGUGAAGACUGUGAACACAAAAGCUACUAUAAGAGCACAUCAGCCCACAGGUAAAACGCAAGAUUUGAGCAAACAGAUGUGGCUAUAAAGGGAAAAAAGGUGAAGACAAUGACUGGAUCACAAUCACGGUUAUGUCUCUGUGUGUGUGCGUGUGUGUGUGAGUUUGCUUGUGGGAGUUUAAGUUUGUUUUUUUUUUUUCAGAUGACAAUUUAAGUUUUUAAAUACCGCUGAACAUGUACCUGCCAGAGAGAUUAUUAUUAUUAUUGGGGGAAAAAAGCUGAAAAAAAAAUCCUUGUUACAAAAUGGGAGAGAACUGCCAACAUCUACUGCUGAUUGGGGCCUAUUUUAUUCAGUGCUGGUGUGUUGUUGUGCUUGUACAUAUAUGUCUUUUCAAUCAUCCCUUUUUUUCCUCUUGGGGGUGGGGUAUCAAGGCAGAGGGUGGGUCUUAUUCACGAAAGAGAGGAGGGGAAAAGAAUAGAGUAUUUUGUUAUUGUCCAAUCAGAGGGUGACAGUAUGUAUAUAUCUAUAUUGUAUAUAUGUGAUGAAAAUGCGUUGGCUUUUUGUGUGACACUACCUUUUACCUGUACUAUGGUUCUACAUUCAGUGUUUCAGUGUUGAUAAUAUAUAUUUGGUUUGUGUUUUAUUUUUCAGUUUGUUUUGUUUUCUUUGAUUUUGUCUUUGUCAUUUCUUGUAAUUUUUUUUUCGCCUAUUUGUCCUCUUUUCUUUUGUUGUUUAUUGCACGGUUUAUUACUUUUGUUGUCCAAUGAGGUGACACAGCUACUCUUUGUAUUCGUUUAGUGCUGUAAAAUAACUCAAGUGUUAUUAGAAUUGUCGAUACCACCGCCCACCCCACCCCCUUCCCCAAUAUGCAUGAAUGGCACUUAAAGAAAUAAAAUAUGGUAACUUCACUGUGGAAUAA